GUUCACUAUAGUAGUGUAUGAGUUCUGUCGAUGAUGAAGAUGCUAGUAGUGUGUUUAAUAUUUGCGAUUUUUUUCACAAGAGUUUCAUCAUGGGACGGGCCAGAAGUGGAGUUACCCUUAGGAAAAGUCAAGGGUACGUGGGAAACUUCUUUCGAUGGAAAAAAAUUCAGCUCUUUCGAAGGAGUACCAUAUGCUGAGCCACCUGUUUCAGACCUCAGAUUCGAGGAACCUGUUCCUAUUGGAUCUUGGCAUGGUAUUUGGCCAGCAAUUAAUUCUUAUUGGUGUACCCAAAUUGACAUUCUUUCGCAAACCCGUUCAAGAAAUAUCAUAGGAAACGAGGAUUGUUUGUACCUGAACGUUUACAUUCCUGGUGAAAAUAUCAACAUUUCUAGAAACUACGAUGUCCUCGUGGACAUCCACGGGGGUGCGUUCAUGAUGGGGAGCCCCACACUUGUCAACAACCCCCCCUACAUAAUGGACACCAUGGAUGACAUGAUCUUAGUAUCGAUAAACUACAGGUUGAACGUUUUCGGAUUCCUGAGUACCGAAGACGAUUCCAUCCCAGGAAAUAACGGUAUGAAAGACCAGGUGUUGGCCUUGAAAUGGGUCAAAAAGUACAUCGGAUACUUUGGGGGGAAUCCCAAUUCGGUCACCAUUUCGGGGUAUUCGGCAGGUGGUGCCAGUGUGCAUUUGCACACGCUGUCACCACUGUCAAGAGGGUUGUUCCACAAGGCCCACGUCGGAAGCGGUACUGCUCUCAGUCCUUGGGUCAUCAGAGAAAAACCCCUGGAAGUAGCCAAGAAACUCGCAGUAGCCACAGGAUGUCCGAGUGAACCUUCUCAGGCACUGAAAGAGUGUCUGAAAACACGACCGUCCGACCUAUUACAGAGUAUUAUUUACGACCAAUUAUACGGAUAUGAUCUACUGCCCUUCUCGCCUUUUGCAGUGGUUAUUGAGAAAAAUGGGACGAACCCGUUUUUGCCCAAACUACCCUACGAACUGAUCGUAGAAGGGAAUAUAACGGACGUACCAAUGAUAUUCUCUGUUGUGAGGGAUGAUGGGCUGUUUCCAUCAGGUUACUUUUGUAAGAAUCCUGAAGAAAUAGAAAAUAUUUGGACAGAUGAGGCCCACUAUCUCUUGGAUUAUAACUACACCUUACCAUUAGAGCAACGUUUAGAUGUAGCCAAACAAAUCAAAGACCUCUAUAUGGGACCAGAUGCUAAAAUCAACGAAACUACCUUCUUCAAUUUUACAAAAAUAUUCACCGAAAGAAUUUUUGUAGCUUCAACUGAAGCAGCUGCAAAGAUGCAUUCUGUAGCUUCGAAUUCACCAGUUUAUUUUUAUUAUUUCAACUACCAAAGCACUAAUAUGAGUUCUUCAUCACUUUUCUGUGAAAAAGGAGACAUUGGAGGUAUAGCACAUGCAGCAGAUGAAUUGAUUUGCAUAGGCUUCAAUUAUACACAAUAUAUGUCCGAGAGUGACAGGGAGAUGAAGGAAUGGUGCCAUCAGAUGCAAUCGUCUUUUGCGAAAACAGGGGUGCCUUCGUUCAACUCCAAUGUUACAUGGUGUCCCACCUCAUCGAGUAAUCAGCUGACUUAUUUAAAUAUUACUGGACCGAACGAUAUGAAAAUACAAAAUAUUACAUCUCUGAGUAAAAUCGAUUUUUGGAGAGGAUUGAAUCUCGCCGAAAAUGAGAAAGAUGUGUUUCCGAAUUGAGAAUGCUUAUGGGAAAGUGAUAUAAAAAUUGGAUUGGAAACUCAUAAAUUGAUGAAUUCUAUAUUCAGAGUGGUUGGGCCAACCUGAUGACUAGUCUUUGAAAAUCUGUAGAAUCACUACAAAACUGCACUGUGUAGCUGUUUGUACUUAUAAAAAAUGUAUCAAUCAACUGAAAUCAGGGGCGGACCCAGGGGGGGGACAUGGAGUCAUACCUCCCCCCUCCCCUUGGCGAACUUCAUGUAGGUAUCCUGAAUACCAAACAAAACCACUGUAUGUUCAAAUACAGGGUAUCAACCGUGACUCACAUUAGAUAUAGAUCAUAAUAAUAUUUUUGAGAUUUUAUUAAUUUCCUUUGUUUAUCCAAUAUAUUUUUCAUUGAAGAUAUUCUUAUACAAACAGGAUGACUGAUAAAAGACGCCUGAAGCCAUAGCGCUGCUAGUAAUUGUUCGAUUCUGGGAAAACAAAAUAGCAAAAGAAAUGCUCCACAGAUACUAAACGUAUAGGCUCUGAUAAUUAUUUUUAAAUUUUUUUCUAUUUCUUGGAGUGCACGAAAAAAAACUCCUAUUAUGUUCUUGAUGGGA